UGUAAACAGUACCAUGUGGAGGAUGGACCCUUGUGUGCAGACACGGGUUGCAGAGUCGAAAAGUAAAGAAGAAAACUUGAAAUUAUUCCGGAACCUCUUCUUCGCUUCCGGUCGCCUCGAUUCUUUCCCGUGGACGUUUCUGGAGAAUGAACUUGAACGCAGCAGGUCACCAGAGGUCAUCUCUGACAUCCUCAAAGAGACGCUCGGUCACUCUCUGGCUCGGCAGUUUCCUCCGUCGGUGAAGUUCAGGAGGAAGUUCGUGGUGGAGCUCAUCAAACGGGAGGAGGUGGCGGUGUCAGGGGGGGCGGAGCCUCUGGACCAGCUGUAUGACGUGCUGGCGCAGGUGAUCGGCCUGGAGGAGAGGGCUGGUGGAUACAAGAGCUACUUCCUGCCAGACGGCGGCGCUGUCAGUCUGCUGGAAAAUGAGGCGAUGAUCUCAGAUGGGACGACGGGCCUGGUGACCUGGGAGGCGGCGCUGUACUUGGCUGAAUGGGCCAUGGAGCAUCCCGAGCGCUUCUCUGGCAGGGCGCUUCUGGAGCUGGGCAGCGGUGCUGGACUCACUGGGAUCGUGGUAUGCCGCUCCUGCAGACCGUCUCGCUUCAUCUUCAGCGACUGUCACCCUGGUGUCCUCACACGCCUGGAAGAGAACGUGACUCUCAACGGGCUUAUGGUCCAGACCGACCUGGAUGUCCGGGUUCAGCGUCUGGACUGGAUUGAGGUCACGGAAGAGCAGCUGCGAGAGGUUGGCGCGGACAUGGUCAUCGCUGCAGAUGUGGUCUACGACCCGGAUGUGGUCGAACAUCUGGUCCGACUGCUGUCAAUGAUCCUCAGGUGCUCCAGUGUCCCACCUCAGGUUUUCAUUUGCUGCACCGUCCGAAACCCGGACACGUACGGUCACUUCACACGGCAGCUGGAAUCUGCUGGGAUACAUCAUCAUGUGAUCGAUGGACCUGUCAAUCAGGUUUUCCACUACAACAGAAACUCACCAAUUCAACUGAUUCAGCUGGUCACAUCGCCUAUGUUUGAAAAGUGGAGUGAUGGACAGAAUGCUAGGAACGUCACGUGACUGUGGACCAUUAAACCACUUGACAAACCUCAGUCCUGGAAUGUUCCUGGAGUCUUAACUGUACUCAAAAGACUUUGCUCGCGGGUCAAACGUUAGAUCAUUAGCAACCAGGUUCUGACUCGUCCAAACGUGUUUGAAUCGAAGAGCACCACAUAAAGUCUGGUGAGACCACCAGCAGGUCCAGUGGGAGGUUCUAUCAGAACCAAUGAGAUUCUGGUUUGUAGCCAGAUCAGAGUCCGCUUCCACCUCCAGCUCCGGUUCUGGUCCAAACUGAGACCAGGUCAAAACGUUGAUGACUUCUGUCUGACCUUCUCCUGAGGUCAAUGAGCUGAGAUCAGAGGAAGAACGUUUUGGUCCCAGUUGUCAUCCCAGCGCUGCCCCCUGCUGGCUCGGAGGUUUCUUCUGAAUUGGUCCAGUCUGGUGCAGGACCCGGGAAAACCUUCCAGCAGAGACUUUGAAGGAUAGAAGGGAGGCUGUUAAUGAGGCUUGUUUCUAGGAUGAGAACCAGCCAUCAGACUCACCUUCAGCUGUGCAGCCAGCUGCUGCUGGUCCCUGAAGACCAGACCAUUGACGCCCGGCUGCACCAGCUCCUGCAGACUAAACCAGAACCAGAACUUUCUGAGUCCAGAUUCAAAACAGGAAGAGGCUGGAGACUGACCAGUGGUAGUGGACGGCGCACACAGGCAGGCAGCAGCCGAACAUGUCGACCACCUUCAUGGGCAGGUCUAAACCGCUGGACGACUUGUGCAGACAAACGCCGAGGUCAGCAGAUCCUGAAGAGAGGAGGGAUUACAGAGGAGGUUUUCCAGAACAACAGAGGUGCUCAUGAUUCCACACUGACAUUGAUCUGGGAGCUACGCCAGGAUUAGAUGAAUACGACCACCUUAAGAUGAAUUUUGUUUGUGCUGAGGAAGGUUCAACCACAGCCGAGUCCAGUUAGAAGAACUUGAGAAGAACAGCUGAUCCAGAGUCAGACACCUGAGCAGGUGGAAGUCUCUAAUCUCACCCAGAAGUCGAGGAUAAUCCUCAGCCUCCAGCCAUGGCGUGCAGAUGUGGACGUGCUGCAGCUGCAGGGAGUCAAUCUGCCGACAGUAGUGAGUCUUCAGAGGUCCUUUCCCUGCACGUGCACACACACUGCUCAGUGAGGACUAUCAUCUUGGAUUGACAGGUGCAUUACCUGUGAUGACACACAGCAGGUGAGGUAACGGGGCUCCGCCCAUCACUAACUCGUCGUACUCUGUGAGGACAGACGACGAUGACAGCGGGUUAGAGAUCAAGAAGAAGCAGUGCCGGGCAGGUGCCGGACUCUUGGUUACCUUCCAGGGCGCCGAGCAGCACGGAGAAGUCCUCGUCCUCUGGAGACAGAGUCACAUGAUCAGGUCAGUCUGAAGGGAAGCCACUUGUAAAUGGAUCUGUAGGACUC